UCUUUCCUUAUAGAUAUGAAUUACUCGCGAUUCAUCACCACUGUGAGUGCAGCAAGAAAAGCAUCUCCAAUAAGACUUCUGACUGAACUGAUGCAGAAGUCUCCUCCAUCUCUCAUCUCUCUGGCUGGAGGGGCACCAAACCCUACUCUUUUUCCAUUUAAGAGGGUUACUGUUGCCCUUGGACAUGGAACUGAUGUUGAAAUUGGGGAAGAUCUGAUGAAGAGAGCUCUCCAAUACUCAGCCUCAGCAGGGAUUCCAGAACUAUUGUCUUGGCUAAAGGAUUUCCAGCAGCAUCUACAUAAUCCCCCCACAGCCCACUACAGUCCUGAGCAAGGACAAAUGGAUGUGUGUGUCACAACUGGAAGCCAAGAAGGCUUGUGUAAAGUGUUUGAAAUGCUUAUUAAUCCUGGAGACAACAUCCUUUUGGAUACACCUACAUACUCUGGUACACUAGCAGCUCUGAGACCUUUGGGUUGUAAUAUCAUCAGUGUUCCUAGUGACCAACAUGGCAUCAUUCCAAAAGCUCUAAAGGAAAUUCUAUCUGCUUGGAGCUCAGAUGAUGUAAAAAAUCGUAGCCACAACCUUCCCAAAUUCCUGUACACUAUUCCAAAUGGAUGCAACCCAACUGGAAACUCUCUGACCACAGAGCGCAAGAAAGAGAUUUACCAGCUUGCAAGAAAGUAUGAUUUCCUCAUAAUAGAAGAUGAUCCUUACUACUUUCUUCAGUUUGAAAAGCCAUGGGCUCCCAGUUUCCUCUCAAUGGAUGUGGAUGGACGAGUUAUCAGGACUGACUCUUUCUCUAAAAUUCUGUCAUCUGGGUUAAGAAUAGGUUUUCUGACAGGUCCCAAACCUCUUAUCGACAGAGUUGUUCUACACAUUCAAGUUUCAACAAUGCACACCAGCACGUUCACACAGACGAUGGUAUCACAGCUGCUUCAGCAGUGGGGAGAAAAGGGUUUCUUGGAGCAUAUAGACAGAGUGGUGGAGUUCUACAGGAACCAGCGGGAUGCGAUGCUCAAUGCUGCUCACAAGUGGUUAAAAGACUUGGCAGAAUGGCACCCUCCUACUGCUGGCAUGUUCUUAUGGAUCAAGAUUAAGGGUAUUUCUGAUACACAGCAGCUGAUCAUGGAAAAAGCUUUGCAGAAAGAAGUGUUACUUGUCCCUGGAGGAGCAUUCAAUAUUGACAGUUCAGAGCCAAGUUCUUAUGUGAGAGCCUCCUUCUCUCUCUGUACUCCAGCCCAGAUGGACCUGGCCUUCGAGAGACUGGCUGGCCUUAUAAAAGAAUCUUUGUGA